GAGGUGGGGGAGGGUCGUCCGUGUGAGUCUGUGUUGUUGUUCGGCGGCGGCGGCGGCGGCGGCGGCGGUAAGAUGGCUGCCCACGGCGGCUCCGCGGCGUCCUCGGCGCUGAAGGGGUUAAUUCAGCAGUUCACCGCCAUCACCGGUGCAAGUGAAAGUGUAGGGAAACAUAUGCUUGAAGCCUGCAACAAUAAUCUGGAGAUGGCAGUUACCAUGUUUUUGGAUGGUGGUGGAAUCGCUGAAGAGCCCAGUACCAGUUCAGCAAGUGUCUCUACUGUUAGACCACACACAGAAGAAGAAGUUCGUGCCCCAAUUCCUCAAAAGCAGGAAAUAUUGGUGGAACCAGAACCUUUGUUUGGUGCUCCUAAAAGACGGCGGCCUGCACGUUCCAUAUUCGAUGGUUUCCGGGAUUUUCAAACUGAAACUAUUCGGCAAGAACAGGAAUUAAGAAAUGGAGGAGCCAUAGAUAAGAAACUAACUACCCUUGCAGAUCUAUUCCGGCCACCCAUUGAUUUGAUGCAUAAAGGCAGCUUUGAAACAGCCAAAGAGUGUGGCCAGAUGCAGAAUAAGUGGCUGAUGAUAAACAUUCAAAAUGUACAAGACUUUGCAUGCCAGUGCCUCAACCGUGAUGUAUGGAGCAAUGAAGCUGUGAAGAAUAUUAUCCGGGAACAUUUCAUUUUCUGGCAGGUUUAUCAUGACAGUGAGGAGGGCCAGAGAUACAUACAGUUUUAUAAGCUAGGGGAUUUCCCCUAUGUUUCCAUCUUGGAUCCACGGACAGGUCAGAAGCUAGUAGAGUGGCACCAGUUAGAUGUAUCUUCUUUCUUGGACCAAGUGACGGGGUUUCUGGGUGAACAUGGGCAACUGGAUGGACUUUCUAGCAGCCCCCCCAAAAAAUGUGCCCGUUCAGAGAGCCUUAUAGAUGCAAGUGAAGACAGCCAGCUAGAAGCUGCCAUCAGAGCCUCCUUGCAAGAGACACAUUUUGAUUCAUCACAGGCAAAACAGGAUAGCCGCUCAGAUGAAGAAUCUGAAUCUGAACUUUUUUCUGGCAGUGAGGAAUUCAUAUCUGUUUGUGGCUCUGAUGAAGAGGAGGAAAUAGAAAAUCUUGCUAAGUCCAGAAAGUCUCCCCACAAAGAUUUGGGGCAUAGAAAAGAGGAGAACAGAAGGCUGCUGACUGAGCCCCCAGCCAGAACUGAGCCUGGAACAACCAUGAACCACCAAGGAUUGCCAGCCAUGGAUUCCGAAAUAUUGGAGAUGUCACCUGAAAAAUCAGAUGGAAUUGUAGAGGGCACAGAUAUAAAUGGACCAAAAGCACAGCUGAUGUUGCGGUAUCCAGAUGGAAAAAGGGAACAGAUCACUCUUCCAGAGCAAGCUAAAUUGCUAGCUUUGGUGAAGCAUGUCCAGUCUAAAGGAUAUCCAAAUGAACGUUUCGAACUUCUCACCAACUUCCCUCGAAGGAAACUCUCUCAUCUGGACUAUGACAUUACAUUACAAGAGGCAGGCCUUUGUCCUCAAGAGACUGUCUUUGUACAGGAAAGAAAUUAACAUCAUGGCCUGACCUCUCUCAGCUUACCCCUUUUUUCCCUUUUCCUGUGAGAUACCAAGUCACUGAGUAUGCAUUUUGGCUCAUAGGACCAUAGAGCCAAAGUUGGGCAAGCAAGUCACCUGCCUUCUCUUUUAUUCCUUGCUUUCUCCUACAAUCAGUCUCUUUCACCCUCUACCACCUUUUUUCUCUCCUUUCCCGUUUUUGUCUUUUUCCUGUUUUUCUUGGUUGGUUUGUUUUUCAUUCUUUCUUACGUAAUCUGGUGACCAAAUGGAAAUGUAAGGGUAAGACCUCCCAGUACUGGCAGCAGGAAAUAUGUGUUCCAAUAAGUGGUCUCUUGCACAGCACUUUUAGGGGAUCAAAUGGUAAUGUUAGUCCUCAGACUUCUUUGGUAAAAGAAAGGCUAGAUUCAGAAUAAGAACAACCUCUGUUUUUUGUAAGCCCCAUUUUUAGUAGGGGGAAGAAAUUCUUUAACAUGUGCUUUGUUGUGUUUUGUUUUAUUGUUCUUGGAAGAAAUAUCACGUAACAAAAUACCAGGCUUUUGUUUACAUGGAAAAAGCAUCCCUUAUAAUUAUUAUUCAUCAUAUUUUUAAAAAAUUUUAAGGAUUCCCAUCCUCACAGCUAGAAUUAUUUCUGUGAGAUGUGUUAUUGGCAGAAUGAGUGUUAAAUGUUGGGUGCGUAGCUUGGGAUGGCUUUUAAUAUCCUAGCCUGAGACAGCUUUCUUCGUUACUACUCUAUAAACUAUAUUGAUCCUGCUAGUCCCAGAAUGGACUUUCAGUGAGUAUAUUGUGGUAACUGGGAUAGGAAGGUGCUUGCUGUUUUUGCCAGUACAGCAUAUUAGUUCCUUUAGCCCUUCCAUUGUUUAGGUCCCCAAGUGAUCUAACAGAAGGCAGCUAUUCAAUAAUCAUGCAAUACAAUGGCUUGUAGUUGGAACCACUAUGGUUAUGGAUUGUCCUAUGUGCUUUAGGCAUACUUACGUAUGUCCUGGGGGGGGGAGGGUGUCAAAGAAAAAUAUGCAGCUGAGAGUAGCUAACCAUGUUCCUUUGGUUAGAAAAUGGUUCGUUUUUACCCCUGGUUGGAACAGUCUCUAAAAGGCUCUGGUGACUAAAUGAGCUUAAUUCCUCAUGCUUUUUAUUGCAAAAGGUAUCAAAACUGAAAGCCUGUCUAGGGUGAAGACCUUUAAAUUCAACUCAUAAGACAACACUUAGUAAGGGAGGUGGGGAAGAUUGCCAGUAGCCUUAAGGUAUGUUGUUUUUUUCAAAUUUUAGUCAGUUGAAAGCUCUUUUCAAUAUUGUUUGGAAGAUGCCAUCUUGAAUCUACAUGAUACUAUUAGACUUACCAGCUUCACUGUAUGCUCAGUUCUUAUUUUGAGCUUUUAAGUCGAAUCCUCUGAAGGAGGGUAGUAGUGAUUCUGGUGGCAAAAUCAGGACUUUAAUUUGCUGUAAAACAGUAAUAUAAGGUGGACCUAUUUCAUCAAUUGGGGACUUAGAUUGAUUCAUCUUCUUGAGGAACAUAAAUUGCUAUUGCUCAGAGAACCUAAGGUUCCCAUCUAUUUUAAGGUCACUCAAUUGGUAACUAAGGGAUUUUUUAAAAAGAUGCUUACGUGUGGCUAGUACUCAAUUAAGGAAUAUGGUUUCUAAUGGUUGAAUCUCGAGGGACUCUCCCUAAAGAACGAGUAAUAUUUCUCCUCAAGGAAAUCAUGGAAAAUUCUGUUCAUUCUUCAGUGAGUCCUUUUGGAUUAACGUUCUUACAUUUUUUCUAAGUCUGUGUAAGUGCUUAUGUAUAAGUAUAUAAUUGUAUAAAUAUUUAUAAAUAUAUUUAUAUAAUUACAAUUUCAUUUAUAUCUUGAGUCAAAGUUCUCUCUUUAGAUUGGUGAUUGAGUAAUAUAGGCUCUGCAGGCUAACUAGCAGCUUCUGAAUUAUUGAGGAAAUAUGGUUUUCAUGUUAAUUCCUCAGUUGUAUCUCUGAAAUUGGGUAAUAGACUUACUGUCUAAGGAAUAGAGCUGUAUACUGUCAAAGAUGCAUUAGAGGGUUAAAAAAAUGUAGUAAACAAGGUCAGAAUCUAAAAUUCAGGGAGGUACAGGGUAAGAAGUGAGGCUCUGCCUAGUUUUGGUGCUGUGAUGGCACCCAUCUCUGCUCAGCAAAGUCAAGUCACAGCUAAAGCCCAAAUCUGUCAAAAAUGUGAAGUCUAGAACUUUAUAGGACUCUGUUUUAUUCUUUUACUUAUUAGUGUCUCUAUAAAACCUGUCUAGAGAACCUGAGACAGCAUGUUCAUGGAUGAUAGGAUAUAGUUCUUUUGGAUAAGCUCAGCCCUGGCAUAUCCAUUUAUGAGGAACCAAAGUGACUUUUUCAGCUAUGAGAUGACCAAGUAUAUAUAUUAAGUGAUUUAAAUAAACAUAUUAAAGAGAUGAAGCAUGAGAUACUCAACUUCGAUACAGCUGGGGUGUUUAGAGUACAAGAGGAUGUAGAGGAUUUUAUUUUGAGGUAGGAGUGUAAUUAUCCUGAGUUUGAUACAGAGGCCCAUGGGAAGGAAGGAUUAUGGAUUGUACAUGGGAAAAACAAAUAAGGAAUAUUGCUUUACUCAAGAAUUUAAUUCACUUAGGGAGUAUACUUACUCUUGUUUUUCUUAUUUCCUCUGCAAAUUGCUUUGCUCUUGGAAGAGAAGUUUUAUUGAAUAGAUUAAAUGAGGUUAGUAAGAUAAUGAAAAAGUAGUUUAAAAGAGUCAUUCCUUGUAGGUAUGGAAACAGCUUGAAGGAUUAUAAAAGGGAGGAAAAGAACAAGAUAGAUUUUGAGAGUAAGUGACAACACAAAUACAGGGAGAUAAAAUGAAAACUAGUGGAGAAAAAAGUGACAGGAAACCUCUGUUGAAAUUGAUUUAGGAAGGAAUCAGAAAAGAGAAAAAAGGCUAAUGAGGGAAGAACAGGAAACUAAUUUUGAAUAACUAGCAUGUGCUAGGUACCUGAUGUGCAUUUUCUCCUUUAAUCUUUCUUAGAACUCUCUAAAAUUCAUAUUUUCCGCAUUUUAUAGAUAAGAAAGAAUUGAAGUUCAGAGAACUUGUUCAGGAUGUCACAGCCAGUAAGUGGUAGAAUCAGAAUUGGUGUUUGAGAGUCCAUGUUCUUUUCACUCACGUACUGUUGUCUCCUACAGUAGGGGGAUCAGCCCAAAAGGUUGUCCUCCUGUUGUCUGGCUCUGUAAACUAUCAUUUGCUUAUGUUUCCCUAAAGCUUGUGGGAUAUGUGCUAUGCCUAUGAAUUCUUAUUUACAACAUUAUUUUGAGGGGCUAAUUAUUCUUUUCUUGAAAUGAUGGACUGAUAGAAAUGUGAAAGGAAAAUAACUAUGUGGCAUUAUUUGCCAAGAAUAAGUAGAAAGGAUAAAAAUGAUACCGUUUUUUAAACACUUUUCAGAAAAGAUACAGUUAUCUUUUCUGUAUCCCACCCAUACCAAAUUAUUGAACCCUUUUAUGUAUAUGUUUUUAACUAUUGUAUAAAAUUUGCCUUCCUUGACUAUAUAAACCAGUUAUUUAUUGAGUCUUUAAUCAAACAUUUUGAAAUCUAACGUCUAGUUCCUUCCUGUUUUAUCCGGUGGGAGAGACACACUACACAUGAGGUAAUGGGAGAACAGGUAAAUGCUUAACCGUUCUGGGGCUCAACUGGAAUUGCAAUAGACAUGCGGGAAGGAGAAAGACUAGUGUACGCUUCUUCAGUUGGGACAUUCUUCACAAAAAUAUGAAGCUGAAAAGUGGCAAAUACUGUAACUCAAAUUUUCUUUUGACUCACCUGUAUUCUUUAGUUCCAACUUUUGUAACUACUUAGGGCAUUGCAUUUAUCGGUAAAGCAUACCCAGUACCCAAAUAGGAAAGGAUUACUGAUCCCAGGGCUAAAGAUUCUGGCUAGCAGAGAUUUCACUGGAUGCUUAGGAAGAUACCAGAGGGAGCCACUAGCAACUGAAAAGGAAGGGUUUAAUUUCUCUAUCUAAGUACAAAUUAAAUGUAUAUUAUAUAUGAUAUGCAAAAGGGGCACUGUCUGUAGGUAUGAGCAGACUUGGGUAACGGCUCUGCUACUAGUUAACAGUGAACUGGACUAGAUCAAGAGUUUUGUCUAUUCAAGUAGAAGGACUUGUGAUUUUAAAAUUUGGCAGGGGUGGGGAACUGUGAAAUAAGAAUUAAUAUCAUUAAUUUUAUAGAUGGAGAAAAUGUAAAUGUGCAUAUGGAAUUGCAGACCCCGUGUAGAACCCACAAAUUGUAGACUGCUGAAUUAAAUUAUCUCUGAGGCCCAUUCUACUCCAGAAUUUGAUGUUUCUAGUCUCUCUUCUUUAUUAUCUAUUACCCCUAAGCUAAUUGAAAGUAUGCUUCCUGAUCAGUUCCUUUGCUUUUUCUCUAUCCAGGUUACAUUUGUCCAAUAACUAACCUCACUUGACUGAAGUCUCGAAAAAAGAAAGGAUAAUAUUUAUAAAUCUUUUAAACAUAAUUUAUUAAUUUAAAAAACUUAAUGCAGUAUUCUUAAUCAUUGUUGAGUGUGAAUAAAAUGCAAUUAAGGAGAACCAAAUAUUUCACUGAUACCGGUUAAAUUUUAUUUCACCUGUGUGCUUAAACAAAGCACUGUACUGAGCAAUUGUUAGGAAAUCAAUUUGUGCGAGUUGUAAAAUUUACUUAGUUUUGGCAGAAACAGCUUUUUUAGAUCCAGUUAAGCUGACUCUUAAAAAUACUUUUUAUCCCAUAGAGUGUAUCUCCAUUAUAUCGAUCUCUCUUUCUCACCCUCUUUCAUUUAACUGGUUAAUAGUAAAUCGUAGGAUGCAGGCUGAUGAAUAAGUAAUGUUGUAAAAGUAAGUAAGAGUGGAAGAAUCAACCCUCUGAUGAAGAUGGCAAUUUUCCAAAACUGUAAGCCUUAAUGAAAAGGCUAAAGACAGCUGUGUACUAUGAAUAUUCAACUUGAUUGAUUUGACUCGCUUAGCACUUCAGUUAUUGUCUUGCCAUAAAACUUAAUUACACUGUACACACUUCAGAAUAGUGGCAAGAAUGUUCUUUCAUACUGCAAAUAACCAACAGAGAAUACCAAACCAAUAGGUUGGUUUCUCCUGUUAUGAGGUAUUUGGUAUUUUUAGUGAUGUUUAUUUUGGUCUUUGACUCACCUGUGUGUCAGUCCUGCUAGAGAGGCAGCUUAGAAUCAAAGAGUAUUUUUCACAGAGAUAUGAUGACCUAGGUAGUUUUCCCAUUGAUGUGAACUUGUGGUUCCAGUUACUGGACAUAAUGAUAUGGGGCCCUUAAUUAGAAAAUCUUUUAAUCCAUUCUUUGAAAAUGAGUUAUAAUUUUCAUGGAAUUGGCUAUGUUUAAGGAAUUCAUUUCUAAGUUUUAAUAUAUAACAUUUAAAUUUUUUAAUAAAUGAGUAUACAAAGGGAGAAUUUGAGGCAAACUUAAUUUUGUAGCUCAUUUUCUCUCUACUUAAGAGUUCUUUUGUUCAAAAUAUAGAAUGGCUAGCUCCAUGAUACCUCUGCCCCAUUUCUGGCCUACAGAAUGCUCUUGUAUUGCUUUAGCACCUCAGUCAUUUUCAUAAACCUGAUUUUUGGUACAGGCCUUUCUCUGCCAUAGGAUCUAAAAGUAGAGUUGGGUAAUCCAGUAUAAACUACAUUAAUCAAACAAUUUAGCUUUUCUGUAAAAUAUUUUUAAAAGAUAACCACAUUUACUUGCAGGAUUAGAGAUACAAAUACUAAUGGUAGUAUUUUGCCUAAGAACAGUCAUAUAUUAAUCUAGUAAUAUGGGAAGUUGCCUGUACUUAAAUCUUUUGGAACAGACAGCAAGGUUUUGUUGUUUACUUAAUGAUAUUUCCUUUGCAGAGAUCAAAAUGCCCUAAGAUUUUUAUAUCCCUUAUAUGGUCACUUGGGUUUUCAAAUAAUAAUCAAGCUAAGCUGCAGUGAACAUAAAAAUUUUAUCUUCCUUAAAAGUAAUUAUUACUCUGAGCUAUCAUGAAUCAUUCAUUUAUUAGAGGUGGUAAAUAAAAUGGGAAACAUUUGAAAUCAUUAGAUAAAUUCUGACCUGAAACUGAAUUAUCCCUUCCUUAAAAUCUUUUUUGUUUGCUUUAUUAAAAUAGAUGCAGUAUGGGCAUCUUAAUUGAUAAGGGAGAGAUUCUUGAUCUGGAACCAUUCCCUGCCAUUCUGCCUUUUUUUCCUGUCACAGAUGCUGGCUUUAGAGUACAUGUCACCAGGAUCUAUUUCAAGUUAAUGACAUUGAAAUGUUGGUGCUCGGUUGGAUAUGUUGCUGUUUAACAAAAUCGUUUUAUAGUAUGUUUUCUCAAAGCUUCUGUGUUCUUAAUAAUGGAAACUAUCAAUAAAUUAAAUGGUGUGAUUCAAAACAUAAAUAGGUUUUUGACACUAAUUACAUGCUUUUACAACUUUGAUAAUUUCCCUGUAAGUUAAACCUCACAUGGAGUGACCACUGCCACCAGAAAAUCUCAUUUUACCUACUGAUUAGAAUGAAAGUAGUGCAUAACCUCCACUUUUUAGUUAAUGAGUAGUAACCUUAUAGCAGGGGCCAUUUAUCUCACCCAUUUUGGGCCUUGGGCCUUGUUGCUUUCCUGGGUUUGUCCCUUCAGUUGGGAGAGGCAAUUUAAAAUUCUGUUGGGAAGCAGUAAGUCUGUGCGAUGACCCCGCUAGUCAUAGGUUUAGAGAGAUGAGCACCAGUUUAUGCUAACAUUCUUAGACUUUGAGGAGUUUUCAUCCAAGCCUUGGCAUGAAUCUGGUAGAUAAAAUUUUAUUCACUCCUGUAAGAAUCUUAGGAUGGUUUUCCUUUUGAUUGAUUGUUAACAAUUUUUAAGCAUCUGGUGUCUUUUUUUUUUAACCCUUUAUGAAACAAAAGUCUGUUUUUGAGUAGGUAUUGACUGUUCCAUGGAAUCUCAGGAGUGUUUGUAGGCUCUGUGCAUGCUUUGUAUGAGUUCAGUUUAAACAAUGCAUUUUAAAUCAUCUGGAGUGUCCGAUUCUGGCAUGACUUCACUAGUUGUGUUUUUCAAACAUUUUUCAAACUUCACUUCCCAUCUUACUGAGAAAGGUUAAUCAAGGAAUGAAAUUUAUUUGGGGAUAGGGAUGGGGGUGGGUUGGGGACUUGAGUGAAGUCAUCUUGGGUUAUUUGCUUUAAAGUGUUUCUCAAGCAGUUCCUAACAGUAUUUAGAGAUUCCCUGGGGUGUUUGUGUACUCAACUCAUUCUGGACAAAGUGGUGGUCUUAGUGAGAUUUGCAUUCUGAAUGCAGGACGGCUCUAAAUUUAAUAUGUAGCAUAACUUUGUUAAUUGAAUGCAGGAAGAUAAUGGACAAAGACAGGGCUCCUAUUAUAGUGUUGCUGGCAAGUGCUCCCUAAAAUGCACAUGUACUUCUCAGUUUUCUGGGCUUUUAAUCCCACGCUGCUAGGAGAUACCAUUUGUUUCUGAAGCAGCUCUUCUCAAAAAUGGGAAGAAGGCUUGGGACCAGCGAGUAAGGGGCUGGAUCAUUCACUAGAUUUUUUUGUUCAAGACACACUAGAGACCCUCCUGUAUAUCUAGUAAGUGAUAAUAAAGGUGCUAGGGAAAGUCUUAAAUUUGAAGACACACGGAGGAGGCCAUAGAAAAUCUAAAGUUGUAGGAGAAAAACAUGCCAUUAGAUAAUGCAGAGCUGUAGCUGCUGGCUAAGACUCAAUGGAACGUCCACUUGCUUGAAAACCAGGGAAAUCUUAGAUAACUGGGUGCAGUAUAUCUAUAGAUACACAGUCUAUAGGUAAAUUUCUAAAAUAAGGAUCUUUCUCUCGGUUGGUGAUCCUCUGGUUUUGGCUGUACCAAAUUGUGAAUAUCCUUGCUGUGUUGUAACCAGUUGCUUUAUAUUGAUACUGCAACUUGACCUGGAGAGGGGGGUGGGACAAAUGGGGUGGGGGAAGGAGGGGAAUGGGACGGUAAAUCUUUUGAGGACAUCAGCUCACUGUGCUGAGAGAGGGACCAAACUCAAGGAAACCUCUGAUCUAUAAAUUCAACUGCUGCAUUUUUUUAUAAAUACAUGUAAAUUUCCUGUUGUAAUAUUUGAUCUUGGAAAUAAAAUAAAAACUUUUCAGUA